CAUACUCGCAGCCCCUUUCUUACCCCUAGGUCAAAGGGGCUAUUUUCCCCAAGACAAAAAACAAACCUUGUGGAAAACUUAACUAGCACAAUCUAAAACGCACCACGGGAAUGGAUCGGCAACCUUAAAGCUGGAGGGUUUUUGUUUUCGGAUGUAUCCUUCGUUCGUCGGUCAUGCAGAUUGCUUGUGAAUCAACAAGUAAAUGAGUGGAGCAGAGAAGAAGCAGCAGCGCUGAAACUUUUUUGGACAGGGACGCGAAGACUUUAGCGGCACAGCAGACGGAGGACAGAAACUUCUCGGGAGGGAGAUAUCUGCUUCUGCAGACGUGCCAAAUCGAGGACGCAUGGAUUUCAUAGGAUGACUUUUUACUUGUUCAGUCAUUCAACGCGCGUAGACUACGAACGACCAAGAGACGUAAAGAGAGCACGGAGGCACAAUCUCGCAUAUUGCUCAAACUAGGGUACAACACGAAAGUGUUGUGCUUUAAGUGCGAAUAGCCUACCUAUUCUAAGCCAUCGCCUACAUCGCUUUUUAUUUUUGCGAGUCCACCAUGAUCAUGUGGUGAUUUUGAUUCGGGACACCGAAGUUUUGGGAGCCUUUCCAAUACGGAUAAUAAUAUCUCCAGAACUCCAUAAAAAGGUUUGGAUUAGUUUUGAUCAAAAUGCCACAGUUAAACGGCGGUGGAGGAGAUGAUCUUGGAGCAAAUGACGAACUGAUUCCCUUCAAGGAUGAAGGCGAACAGGAGGAUAAAAUAUCCGAAAAUGUAUCGGCAGAGAGGGACUUGGACGACGUGAAGUCGUCUCUUGUGAACGAGUCCGAAAACACUAGUAGCUCGUCAGAUUCAGAGCAAACGGACAGGCGCCCACUGCCAAGACCAGACUUAGAAAGUUACGAGAGACACAGAGAAUACUUGGCAGAAGCUUUGAGAAGACAGCAAGAUGGAGCGUUUUUCAAGGGCCCCGCUUAUCCUGGCUAUCCGUUUUUAAUGAUCCCAGACCUCACCAACCCAUACAUUUCCAACGGGUCCCUGUCACCAAGUGCGAGGACGUACCUGCAGAUGAAAUGGCCUCUCCUGGAUGUCCCUGGAGCGGCCACUCUCAAAGACUCCCGAUCUCCUACCCCAGGGCACUUAUCCAACAAGGUCCCAGUGGUGCAGCAUCCCCACCAUAUGCACCCCCUCACCCCUCUCAUCACGUACAGCAACGAACACUUCUCCCCCGGCACCCCUCCCUCCCACCUCUCCCCCGAGAUCCUAGACCCCAAAACAGGUAUUCCGCGGACGCCCCAUCCGUCAGAGCUCUCCCCGUACUAUCCCCUCUCUCCUGGGGCAGUGGGGCAGAUCCCUCACCCUCUGGGCUGGCUGGUUCCACAACAAGGCCAACACAUGUACUCCAUCCCCCCAGGCGGCUUCAGACACCCGUAUCCAGCGCUGGCCAUGAACGCCUCUAUGUCUAGCCUGGUCUCCAGCCGUUUCUCGCCCCACAUGGUUCCCCACCCGUCCCACGGCCUGCACCAGACGGGCAUCCCGCACCCGGCCAUCGUCUCGCCCGCCAUCAAGCAGGAGCCCAGCGGGGACAGUGGCGGCGGCUCGAUGCAUGGUAAAUCCUCGGCGUCGGUGAAGAAGGAGGAGGACAAGAGGCCGCACAUCAAGAAGCCCCUGAACGCGUUCAUGCUCUACAUGAAGGAGAUGAGGGCCAAGGUGGUGGCCGAGUGCACCCUCAAGGAGAGCGCCGCCAUCAACCAGAUCCUGGGCAGGAGGUGGCACUCUCUGUCUCGGGAGGAGCAGGCCAAGUAUUAUGAACUGGCGAGGAAAGAGCGGCAACUGCAUCAGCAGCUAUACCCCGGAUGGUCGGCCCGGGAUAACUAUGGAAAGCGAAAAAAGCGAAAGAGAGACAACAAGCCUGAAGAUUCACCAGCGGAAUCCUUCUCCCCUCAGAGCAAGAAGCCGUGCGUGCCGUACCUGUCCUCCGAGAAGAUGCUGGACAGCCCUACCUCCUCCCACGGCAGCAUGCUGGAUUCCCCGGCCACCCCCUCGGCCGCCCUGGCCUCCCCCGCGGCCCCCGCCGCCACCCACUCCGAGCAGGCCCAGCCCCUGUCCCUCACCACCAAGCCCGAGGGCCGCGGAGCCCACCACCAUCACCACCACCACCACCACCACCCCCACCACCCUUUCUCCUUGCCGGGCAAAGCCUCUGGCUCCACCGGCGGCUCGACCUCUUCCUCUUCCUCAUCUUCUUCCUCUUCCUCCUCCACCCCAUCCUCCAUCCAUUCUGCUCACCACGGCAUCUCACUCCACCUGGGCUCGGCCGGUAGUCCGCCCGCCGGGCUGUUGACCAGGCCCAUCCCCUUCACCUCUCUGCCCCCCUCCAUGCUCUCCCCGGGCUCCCCCUACCACCAGGCAGCUCUGCAUUCCCAUCAUGCACUGCUACAGACGCAACCUCUCUCCUUGGUUACCAAAGCGACGGAUUGAAUCAAAACAAAAAUGGUCUUUGUUGUUGUUUGUUGUUUUUUUCCUGAAUAAUAGAAAAAAAAGAGAAGAAAAAGUUUUUACCGCUGUAUAUUGAUUGCUUUUUACCCUUUUUAUAGAAAUUAGACCAUUUUUAAAAAUAGUUAUGAAAAGGAAUAAUUAUUGGUCAAUAUUUGACCACCCCUCUGUUUUUGCUUCUCUCUGUGAAACAAAGUGUAUUUUUUUGUAAAUUGCCAUAUGGUUACCUUUUACAAUUGCAUUUCUCCAAUGUUCUCCUUGUAAAAAAAAUGACAUGUAUAAAGUUCCCCCUACCACCAUUUUGUUUUUUGUUUUUUUUGUUUUUGUUUUUUUUAUUUCAAGGAUACCAUUUUGUAGUUUUUAGUUCAAUCUAAUGGUAGUUCUCUCAGUUGUAGGAGUUCUCAGUACUGCCUUUUUUCUGUUGUUAUACUUUUUGUGAACCCACCUCAGCCUUUCCCUAACCCCGUUGUGUGUGACCCUCCUAAGGCUCCAUAGAUAAUAAAAACCAAGUUAUUUCUAAAGGCUCCAUUGUGUUUUUGAGAGAGAGGAACGCUUCAUGUGAUUGCAACCUGAUUGCUGAGUAACGCCACUCCCGUAUUACAGUGUGUGACAUUGCUCUGUAAAUCAAAUUAGGAAUCCUCUGACUAGCCUUUUCUGCUGGCAAUAAAUAUGUUAACCCCUAUGGA